CUUGCUAGUUGCAAUGGCCAUGAGUACUGCCUCAGCUACUGGUUCUCACUCCCGAAAUGGAUUCCGUUUCUCGGACCACGAAAAUGGAGACUACAAUCAACACAACUAUGGUCAAGCUUUCUCAGUGGCCGGAAGUGAGGAUUUUGAAGGACAGAAAGCAUUCUACAGCAAUGAAGAGAAACGGAAAGAUAAGAAAAGUUUAAUGAGCAACGACCAAGAAGACGACAAUCUUUUGGCUGAGGCAAGGCAACCAUUGUGGCGCAAGGUUCCAAUAGCUUCAAGCCUAAUCAACCCAUAUCGCAUAGUCAUAAUCUUGCGUGUGGUUAUCCUAGUUUUCUUCUUCCACUUGCGCAUCACAACUCCAGUGCAUGAUGCACUUGCCUUAUGGAUAAUCUCUGUAGUCUGUGAAAUCUGGCUUGCAUUAUCUUGGAUGGUUGACCAACUCCCCAAGUGGUUCCCUAUUACUCGUGAAACUUACCUUGAACGUUUGUCCUUAAGGUUUGAGAGUGAAGGAGAGCCAAACCUUCUAGCCCCGGUUGAUAUCUUUGUAACCACUGCAGACCCUUUUAAGGAACCACCUAUUAUAACAGCAAACACGGUUUUAUCAGUCUUGUCUGUUGAUUACCCUGUUGAUAAGGUUAGCUGCUAUGUCUCAGAUGACAGUGCUUCAAUGCUUCUCUUUGAUACCUUGUCAGAAACUGCCGAGUUUGCUAGAAUAUGGGUUCCUUUUUGUAACAAAUACAACAUUGAGACAAGGGCACCUGAGUUUUAUUUCUCUGAGAAACUUGAUUACUUGAAAGAUAAGGUGCACCCUACAUUUGUUAAGGAUCGCAGGGCUAUGAAGAGAGAAUACGAAGAAUUCAAGGUGAAAAUUAACAUACUGGUUGCAAAGGCUCAGAAGAAACCAGAAGAAGGUUGGGUUAUGAAAGACGGUAACCCAUGGCCUGGGAGCAACAUGGAUGAUCAUCCCGGAAUGAUUCAGGUAUGUCUAGGAAGUACUGGCUCACUGGAUAAGGAAGGCAAAGAAUUACCUCGGCUUGUGUAUGUUUCCAGGGAAAAACGUCCUGGAUAUCAACACCACAUGAAAGCUGGUGCCAUGAAUGCUCUGGUUCGAGUUUCUGCUGUGCUUACGAAUGCACCUUUUGCACUAAAUCUGGAUUGUGACCAAUUCAUCAAUAAUAGCAAGGUUCUCAGGGAGUCCAUGUGCUUUUUAAUGGACCCCCAACUUGGAAAGAAGUUCUGUUAUGUCCAAUUUCCAAAAAGGUUCAAUGGCAUCGAUUGCAAAGACAGAUAUGCUAAUCACAAUACUGUGUUCUUUGAUAUCAACAUGAAAUGUCUUGAUGGGAUUCAAGGUCCUCUGUAUGUUGGUACUGGAUGUGUAUUCAACAGGCAAGCAUUAUAUGGCUUUGAUCCACUUUCUGAUAAAAGGCCAAAGAUAAAGAGUUGCUGCUGGCCUUCAUCCUGCAGCUGCUGUUGUAGUGACUCCGAGUCUUCAUCUGAUGACGACACUGAUCAGGAACUUGUAGACUUUGAUGACGAAGAGGAAGAGGAAUUAUCCUUCAUGUCCAUGAAAAGUUUACAGAAACGAUUUGGACAAUCACCGGUUUUCAUUGCUUCUGCUUUGAUGGAAGAUGGUGGACUUCCCAAAGGCACAAACACCCGAGUACUGAUUAAGGAAGCAAUUCAUGUUAUAAGCUGUGACUAUGAAGAGAAAACUGAAUGGGGAAAAGAGAUUGGGUGGCUAUAUGGUUCAGUCACAGAAGACAUUUUAACUGGGUUCAACAUGCAUUGUAGAGGAUGGAAAUCAGUGUACUGCAUGCCAAAGAAAGCCGCUUUUAAGGGAUCUGCUCCUAUAAAUCUAUCAGAUCGAUUACACCAAGUUCUGAAAUGGGCUGCUGGUUCUACUGAGAUUUUCUUUAGUGGCUAUUGUCCUUUGUGGUAUGGCUAUAGUGGAAAACUGAAAUUGCUACAGAGGUUGGCCUACGUUAACUCCAUCGUCUAUCCAUUUACCUCUAUCCCCCUGCUGAUCUACUGUACAAUUCCUGCUGUCUGUCUUCUGACUGGAAAGUUCAUCAUCCCCACUCUGUCAAACCUUGCUAGCAUUUGGUUAAUGGCCUUAUUUAUCUCCAUCAUCUUAACUUGUGUGCUAGAGCUUCGUUGGAGUGGGGUUAGCAUUCAUGACUGGUGGCGCAAUGAGCAAUUCUGGGUCAUUGGGGGUGUAUCUUCACACCUUUUUGCUGUAUUUCAAGGUCUUCUUAAAGUUGGAGGAGUAAACUCUAGCUUCACCGUGAGAGCAAAAUCAGCUCAUGACACUUCAUUUGGACAGUUCCAUCUCUUCAAGUGGACUAGUCUUCUAAUCCCACCAACAAGUCUUGUGAUCUUAAAUAUGGUGGGAAUUGUGGCUGGAAUCUCUGAUGCCAUUAACAAUGGCUAUGACUCAUGGGGACCUUUCUUUGGGAAGCUUUUCUUCUCCUUGUGGGUCAUUGUGCACUUGUAUCCUUUCCUCAAAGGACUAAUGGGAAAGCAAAACAGAACCCCUACCAUUGUAGUCCUCUGGUCAAUACUUGUAGCCAUAAUUUUCUCAAUGAUUUGGGUGAGAAUUGAUAUUUUCUUGCCCAAGCAGACAGGUCCAGCACUCCGACAGUGUGGGAUAAGAUGCUAAGGGGAUGGUGUGUACAUGGAGACGAGUAUGGGCAUUUUUCUACCUUUUGGGGUAUUAACUUGUAUAAAAAAGUGAACAACAGAUUAAAGA